AUGUCGAUUCGUCGUUUGAAUGGAUGUUGCUUGUCCUUGGACGCACGCUUGUUCGAUGUCGUUGUCGCUGUCGUUGGUGUUGUUACUGAUCAAGCCAAAGACGGAAUUCUGCCAAUCCUCGAUUCGAAACCAAGCCCCGGAAAUCUGUUGCCACCUGUACGGCAUAACCACCAUGACUGCUCGUCAGAUACGUCCACCAAUACCAUAGGAGACGGCAUGGUCAAGCCAAAGACGGGAUUCUGUCUAUCCUCGAACCGACACCAACAGCAUAAUCACCAUGAUUCAUCCACCAACACCACACGAGACGAUGUGAUCAAGCCAAAGACGGGAUUCUCACAACACCCCGAAGUUUUUACUCGGCUAGCCUGGAAAGCUGACACUUUCCAUCGCGGCGUACCACACACACCGCUGGCCAAACACCCCAGUCCGGACACCCCAGCUUCAGGAAUCCCCAAGGCAAAGGUAGGACUUCUGCAGGAACACCAUCCACAUGAGCUGGAACUGACUGGAAUGACAACCCUGGGAAAGGAAUAA